AUGGCUAAAUAUAAAGAAAGUUUAGGCUUAUUUAUUAACUAAUAUAGUUUAAAGAAAAUAUUAUGUGAGGGAAUUUAUAAUUAAGGUCAAUAAAUUGGAAAGUGGAAAUCAUAUAAGAAAAGUUAAACAUUGUAAGCAUAUAUUAAAUUAUUAGAAAGAGGAGGUGGUUUAUAUAAUGUAUAGGGAUAAAAAAAUGGAAAAUGGAUAGACUUGGAUGAUGAAUAUGAAUUGUAUUCUUAAUAAAAAAUAAUUAUAGAUUUAGAUAAAUUACUCAUAGUAGUGAAUAUUUUAAUGGUAAACAGAAAGGAAAUUGGUAUAUAUUAUAUAAAGAAGAUUCUCAUAUAAGUAUUAAUAUUACUUAUUUUUAGAGGAGGAGGUUCAUAUAAUGAAUAAGGUAUAAAGAAUGGAAAAAGAAUAGAAAUUCUAGAUAACUUUCAAAGUUUCUAAUUUGAAUUAAUUAAAUUUUGCCAGUUAACAUAUACUGGUGAAUUUUAGAAUAGUAAAAAAAAAGGAAGGUGGUUUAUAUUGUAUUAAGGACAUGCAUUGUAAGUUAUUUUAAAGGUAAUCUAGUGAUGGAGGAUAUUACAAUCAAAUAGGAUUGAAGAAUAAUUAAUGGAUUGAAACAGAUGAUAAUUUUCUUGAGUAUUAAUAUUUAUUAAUUGUAAGUUGA